AUGGGACAUAAAGCGUCUUCCGUGCUCGGCCUAGUUGCCUUUUUGGGAGUAUUUCUUCUGGCGCUGCAAACCGUCUGCGGGGAUGUGGCGUAUUCCUUUCCAGAGGAAAUGAAACGCGGCUCAGUUAUUGGAAAUAUAUUGAAAGAUAUCGGAGUUGAGGUGGGCAAACUGACAGCUCGAAAGGCUCGGAUUGAUGCAGACGGGAACAACAAACGGUAUUGUGACAUUAAUCUGAGUACUGGAGAUAUCAUUGUUACCGACAGAAUUGACAGAGAGGGGCUUUGUGGCAAAAAGGCAUCUUGCCUUUUAAAACAGGAACUUGUCUUAGAAAACCCGUUGGAGCUGCACCGCAUUAGUGCCCACGUUCAAGACAUCAACGAUAAUUCACCACAGUUUAAAAAGAAUACUAUCAAAUUUGAAAUUAGCGAAUCAGCUUCUAAAGGAAGUCGGUAUCGUUUAGAUGAGGCCCACGAUGCAGAUAUUGGACAAAACGCUAUCCAGGGCUAUAGUAUCGAGGCAAAUGAAAACUUCAGAUUGAACGUUAUUGCAAAAAGCGGGGGAGGAAAAUACAGCGAGUUAGUUUUAGAGAAGGAGCUGGAUAGAGAACAACAACAGGAGCUAACGAUUGUGCUUGUGGCAACAGACGGAGGCACACCUCAGAGAUCAGGUACUGCAGUCAUUCACGUCACUGUGCUGGAUGCUAAUGAUAACGCCCCGGUGUUUAACCAGGCCAUUUACAAAGCCAGUCUUCCUGAAAACUCUCCUUUAGAUACUGUAGUGGUCGCAGUAAGUGCUUCUGAUGCAGACGAGGGCAUCAAUGGAGAGGUGACUUAUGAAUUUGAUCACAUUUCAGAUGAAAGUAACGUGUUUUCUCUUGAUCAGACAACUGGUGAAGUGAAAGUAAGUGGAUCAAUAGAUUAUGAAGAGUUGUCUGCCUACGAAAUGCAAAUUACAGCCAAGGAUGGUCUUGGAUUAGUAUCAUCCUCUACAUUAAUAAUUGAUAUCACAGAUGUCAAUGACAACGCCCCUCUUACCUUCAUUAAGUCACUGAAAAAUCCCAUACCAGAAAACACCCCACCUGGUACAGAGGUGGGCAUCGUUAACGUGCAGGACAGAGACUCUGAGAGUAACGGACAGGUCCGCUGCUCCAUUCAGCAAAACGCCCCCUUUAAGUUGGUUCCUUCUAUUAAAAACUAUUAUUCUCUGGUGACCACAGGACAACUGGACCGUGAACUAGUGUCUGAUUACAACAUUACAAUCACCGCCACUGACGAGGGCUCUCCACCUCUGUCCUCCUCUAAAACUGUUCAGUUAUCUGUAGCAGACAUCAACGACAACCCACCGGUGUUUGAGGAACAGUCCUACAGCGCAUAUGUGACUGAAAAUAACAAACCUGGCUCCACUUUAUGUUCCGUUAGUGCUCGAGACCCCGACUGGAGACAAAACGGUACAGUGAUUUAUUCUCUGUUACCCGGUGAGGUGAACGGUGCCCCGGUGUCCUCCUAUCUGUCUGUUAACGGAGACACGGGGGUGAUCCACGCUGUGAGGUCGUUUGAUUAUCCCUCUCUCUCUGCCACCUGCUCCAUGUAUUUACUUAUUUCUGAUAACUUGGCUGAGGUGCCAGAACUGAAGGACAUUUCUUAUGAUGAGAAGAACUCCAAGCUGACCUCAUACCUGAUCAUCGCGCUGGUGUCUGUGUCCACCUUUUUCCUGACCUUCAUUAUCAUCAUCCUGGGUGUGAGGUUUUGUCGCAGGAGAAAGCCCAGACUGUUGUUUGAUGGAGCAGUCGCCAUCCCCAGCGCUUAUCUCCCUCCUAAUUACGCAGAUGUUGACGGCACAGGAACUUUACGCAGCACUUACAAUUAUGACGCCUACCUGACAACGGGUUCUAGGACCAGUGACUUUAAGUUCGUGUCAUCUUACAAUGACAACACACUGCCUGCUGACCAGACUCUGAGGAAAAGUCCAACAGACUUUGCUGAGGUGUUUCAAGAUUCUAAUGAAGCUCUAGAGGUAGGCGCAUUGAAAGAUAACGGACAGCCCUCUCUCUCUGCCACCUGCUCCAUGUAUUUACUUAUUUCUGAUAACUUGGCUGAGGUGCCAGAACUGAAGGACAUUUCUUAUGAUGAGAAGAACUCCAAGCUGACGUCAUACCUGAUCAUCGCGCUGGUGUCUGUGUCCACCUUUUUCCUGACCUUCAUUAUCAUCAUCCUGGGUGUGAGGUUUUGUCGCAGGAGAAAGCCCAGACUGUUGUUUGAUGGAGCAGUCGCCAUCCCCAGCGCUUAUCUCCCUCCUAAUUACGCAGAUGUUGACGGCACAGGAACUUUACGCAGCACUUACAAUUAUGACGCCUACCUGACAACGGGUUCUAGGACCAGUGACUUUAAGUUCGUGUCAUCUUACAAUGACAACACACUGCCUGCUGACCAGACUCUGAGGAAAAGUCCGACUGACUUUGCUGAGGUAUUUGGUCAUUCAGAGGACUGUCCCGAGGUAGGCUCCAACAUAUUAUACUUUUGGAAAUCGUGAUUACGUACUCUUCUUCCCUUGUAUUUAAUUUCUCCACUACAACAAGUUAUUUUUUUAGUCAUUUGCUUCACUAUAUAUAUAUAUGGGAGAUCCUUAGAGACAUAUUGUGUGUCUUUAUUUUUGCAGUUUAGUACUGUAGUUCGCAACAGUUUUUAUGCACAAAGGAAAGUAGUACACGUAUCAUUAGUUUAGUUAUGCCGUUUCAACCAAAAGCCCUCACUUGUAGAAUCUGAUAUUUGAUGACUCCCAACACUUGAAUAGUAUCUUUGAGACAGAAAUUGCAUAAUAGUUCAGACCUCAGUGUAUGAUGACUGAAAUGGUGCUACCACACUUCAUAAUCAGUGGUAUUUGCUCACCUUGUGUUAAGUCUUGGCUGUUUCUUCAUUGACUUAUUGUGCUAACUUCGGAAUACCAACAGUUUCUUUUCACCGGCAAAUAUUUCCUUCAUCACAGCUAUUUUGAGCAAGCAGAACAGUUAUUUGCACAGUGGCUUUGGAAUGUGGUGGACACUGUUCUGUCAAGUGAUGCUCUCUGUGUUUGUGUCCAUACUGGCUGAGAAUGAAAUGUUUACUAUAGGAGCAUAGCUGAAUAGAAUAGUCAGUCCUUUCUUUUUGACAAUAGGACACAUAAUUUAUGUUUUCUAAUUAUUCCAGUGCUCAACUUUAACUAUAAAUCAUUAUGCUGCAGACAUAGUUAACCAUAACCAUGAGACUAACCAGCUUUUCGACUAUCAGUGUAUUUUUUUUGUCUGUAUCAUUGUCAGGCUUCCAACAAGUGGGGGUGAGGACGACCAUAGCCUGCUUUAAAGGCUUUGCCUUCACCGAUUGUCUCAUCUGAUGAUUGGGUGAACUUAAAGAAACGGCAGAAUGCUUUUAAAAAAACAUGAUCACAACAGAAACUUGGCAAAAAUGGUUGGAAAUCACAAUUUAGUUUAGACACUUGUGGAAGUUUACUUUUUUGUUUCUAAAUAACAUUGAGUCAUAUAAAAUAAGCUCAUGCCUUGGUGCUCAGUGAGGCACAGCAUGACUUUUAUUUAGAAAUGAAAAGUGUGGGUUGUUGAAUGGUGCCAGCACUGUCACAUUGUCUUAGUUUAGUACAGUCUUGUUGUAAACUUUGAAUUUACACCAGUAUGCUAUCUAUUUGGGAGAUUUUCAUCAACUAUCUAAACACAAUGUAAGUUUUCAUAGGAUUAUACACAUUUAUAAGCCUAAAUUGAGUAUGCUAAUGUUUUUUGUUGUGAUUUAAGAUUUUUAAAUAACAUGGUCAUCGAAAUCAUUUGUAUAUCCUUACGACAGUACAUUUCAACCCACUACAUUCUAAACAAGGGUUUUAGUUGUAAUUUUGAUGUUGGAUUUUUGAUGGUCUUAAAAAGUAUGUUUAAUUCAAACGUCAAUAUUAAUCAAUUAUCUUUCUUUCAUAUAUUGAAUAUGUGAGCACUUUAAACAAUAUUCCCACUGCACAAAUAUUGGGCCUUUCUUUCUAUUGUUCCCUUACAUUAGCUCUUCUGUCACUUCUUUUGACCAUACCUGUCAUUCUAAAUUGAGUCAUGCUGGUCCCUAAGUCUGCAAAAGAGAUUGUGGAUUCUUACCAAAUUUUGUACAUUGUGUGUCAUUGUUACUUAAUCCUACUCUGUUUAUUUUUCGUUUGUUGUGGGGUUUUCUGUUGCAUUUUUUUUUUUUUGCAGUUAAUCAGAGUGCCUGUGCACACAUUAUUUAAUCUUUGAACUAAGUUGUGAUGAAUUGGUCAUUUUUUUCAACAAAUAAUCAAAUAUAGCAAUGUGUAUAGUGGAGUACAGUGACUUUUGCAGUAUUAUAGUGAUGGUUGGUUUGUUUUACAGGCAGUUUCUGAAGAAUGCAGUACAGAAAAGAUAUUCAGUAGUCAAUAAAUAACACUGAAGCCUCAGAAAAUCAAUCA